UGUUAGCACCCGAGGCUUUCGAGUUUGUGCGUAACGGGACGAUUCAAGACGAAGGAUUAUUGCAGUCUUUCGGCAAAGAGCGCCCCGAGGAAACACCUGGCGAACCUAAAUCGCUGAUUUUGGACCGUUAUCGGCUGAGGCGAGAAAUGGCAUCGAUCGUCGGCACUUAUCAACACGAACGCAACGAGAAUCUCGACGAGUAUUUCAGGGCUGUAGGUGUGCCGUACAUUCCACGGAAAAUGAUGGCCAUGUCCAGUCCUCGACUGGAAAUACUGAAUGACGGCGACAUAUGGACAAUUCGUACCAUUUCAAUGAUUCGCACAGUAGAAGUGACGUUUACACUCGGCGAAGAAUACGAGGAACACAUGCCCGCCGGGGUUACAUUGAAAAAUGUGACUACAAUGGAGGAAGACAGUCUAGUGACAGUUUCAGUCGGAGCAGGUAACAACAAAGUGGUGCGGAAAUACGAAGUUAUAAAGGACGGUGUACUUUUGACAAUGACCCACGAACAGAGUGGCCAAGUAGCAAAACGCUAUUUUAAACGUCUUUCAUAAACAAUGGCGAAAUUCACAAUAACAACGACAAUGUUUUCAUAUGACAUUAUAUUCGUAUCACUGAACCCUGUAAUGUUUUCGUAUCAUUAUGGCCCGUUAGUAGCUUUUUAAACUGUAUUUCUAAACGCACAAAGUAAACGGCAGAGAAAGGUAGCACGCAAGAACGAACAAAAACAACAUGACAAAUGCCUACAGUUGCCAGAGGAAAAAAGCUGUGGAUCGAUCGUAAACGUUCCUACUGUCAUUCAAAGCAUGUGCCCCGCCUUCUUUAGACGGUUGUCACGUGUUGCUCCAGAUGACAAAUGUGAAUAAACAAUGAUUGUAUUGUCGCUGUAAAA